AGCUCUGAGAAUGCCUGCGGAAUGAUCGCCCCCCAGGGCGGCUGCCGCUGCUGCCGCUGCUACUUCUACUGCUGCCGCUGCUUCUGUUGCUGUUACUGCUUGCCACCACCGCCUCUGCCUCCACUGUGCUCUGACUGGCAGGCAGAAAGUGCAACUGACAAGAGGAAGGUCUCUGCAGUGAGAGUGGAGUGGCUACAUAAAGGAGAGUAAAGAGGGGGCAAAAACCCAGAUCAGAAUGCAGGCGACGUCCAAUCUUCUCAACCUUCUGCUGCUUUCUUUGCUUGCUGGAUUAGAUCCUUCCAAGACUCAGAUUAGCCCUAAAGAAGGCUGGCAAGUCUACAGUUCAGCACAGGAUCCCGAUGGAAGAUGCAUUUGCACUGUGGUUGCUCCAGAACAAAACCUUUGUUCCCGGGAUGCCAAAAGCAGGCAGCUUCGUCAACUUCUGGAAAAGGUUCAGAACAUGUCCCAGUCUAUUGAAGUCUUAAACCUGAGAACUCAGAGAGACUUCCAAUAUGUUUUAAAAAUGGAAACCCAAAUGAAAGGGCUGAAGGCCAAGUUUCGGCAGAUUGAAGAUGAUCGGAAGACACUAAUGACGAAGCAUUUUCAAGAGUUAAAAGAGAAGAUGGACGAGCUCCUGCCCUUGAUCCCUGUACUGGAACAGUACAAAACAGAUGCCAAGCUAAUCACCCAGUUCAAGGAGGAGAUUCGGAAUCUGUCAGCUGUUCUCACCGGGAUACAGGAAGAAAUCGGUGCCUAUGACUAUGAGGAACUACACCAAAGAGUGCUUAGCUUGGAAACGAGACUUCGUGACUGCAUGAAAAAGCUAACAUGUGGCAAAUUGAUGAAAAUCACAGGCCCAAUUACAGUCAAGACAUCUGGAACACGGUUUGGCGCUUGGAUGACAGAUCCAUUAGCAUCUGAAAAAAAUAACAGAGUCUGGUACAUGGACAGUUAUACUAACAAUAAAAUUGUCCGUGAGUACAAAUCAAUUGCAGACUUUGUCAGUGGGGCUGAAUCAAGGACAUACAACCUCCCUUUCAAAUGGGCAGGAACAAACCAUGUUGUCUACAAUGGCUCUCUAUAUUUUAACAAGUAUCAGAGUAACAUCAUCAUCAAAUACAGCUUUGAUACAGGGAGAGUUCUUGCCCAGCGAAGCCUGGAGUAUGCUGGCUUUCACAACGUUUACCCCUACACGUGGGGUGGAUUCUCUGACAUUGACCUAAUGGCUGAUGAAAUUGGGCUAUGGGCUGUGUAUGCAACUAACCAGAAUGCAGGCAAUAUUGUCAUCAGCCAGCUUAACCAAGAUACCUUGGAAGUGAUGAAGAGCUGGAGCACUGGCUACCCCAAGAGAAGUGCAGGGGAAUCAUUCAUGAUCUGUGGGACAUUGUAUGUCACCAAUUCCCACUUAACUGGAGCCAAGGUAUAUUAUUCCUAUUCCACCAAAACCUCCACAUAUGAGUACACAGACAUUCCCUUCCAUAACCAAUACUUUCACAUAUCCAUGCUUGACUACAAUGCAAGAGAUAGAGCUCUUUAUGCCUGGAACAAUGGGCACCAGGUCCUAUUCAAUGUCACCCUUUUCCACAUCAUUAAGACUGAGGAUGACACAUAAACAAAUGUGAUUUGUUUUUCAUUAAUAUAAGCAAUGCCAUUUGUGAUAAACUCUAUAGAACCCCUUCUGGGUUUUUAUUAUUAUUAUAACUUUAUCAUUUCUCCAAAGCAUUUUUAUUGUAAAAUUUGUGUUUCAAAAGACAGCCAAGCCUGUCUAAAGUAACCUGUUGAAAACACAUCUUAACUCCUAAAUUUACAAGACUUACCAUGUCCUUGUCAUGAAAAGCACUAAAAAAAGUUUAAGUGGCUAAAGUCAUAGUUUUGCAAAAGAUUAAUGAUCUUGCCUUAUAUUAGAGUCAGAGACUAAUGGUGGCUUAAAUGCAUGAAUGUCUUUUUUUUUUUUUUUUUUUUAAUGUCAUUUUUAAAUGUCUUUUGCUCCACAUCAGAAAAUGUUUUAGUGGAAAUUAGAAAAGAGCACUUCUCCUAUCAAUUUCAAAACUAUUUUAUGAUUUUAUUUAUUUGGAAAAUAAUAUUAACCAUUUUGCUGUUACACAGUUCUCUGAUGCGGUGCUGUACAGUCAUUUUUAAACCUCUUGCUAGCACUUAUUGACAAUAUGUAUUUCUACCAUUGUAACCACCAUUGUGCAAUUGUAACUCCUCUUCUGUGAAAGUAAUAUUUUUUAUAAAAUACAUUGAAGUUUAAUCUCAGUAAUUAUUGUGGGUGAAUUUUGAAGUGUUGUCAAGAAGGGAGUAUCUUCUCGGCUUACUACUUUGAAUACGCAUUAUAAACUAAUAAGAAAAUCA